UUUCAUGUUUUCAGUUCUAUUUGGUUCUUCUUAAUGUGCGCAUUAUACUGCGUUCGUCCAACGCGACCUUUCCCCGCGAACUUUAACGAAAACUUUAGUAAAAACUAUUCGCGGUAUUUGAUAGAUGCAUACGCGAAGUAUCCGACGACUAAGUCGGACGAUUAAGUGUUAAUGUUCUGUUAAUACUUGGAAGCGAAUUCGUUUCAUCCCAUAUUGGACGUUUGAUUAAAUAAUGAAAAAAUAUCACUUUGACGAUGUACAAUAAUCGUAUACGUAGAUGCGAAUUGUUCUCUUUAAGCUUCGUGAAACUGAUAAUAAUUUCGAGGAAGUAAUAUAAAAGAGUCGACCAAUAUAAGAUAUAAGAUCGCAUGCGUCCUCGCUAAAUGACACAAAUAAUCGAGCAAGGACGACGGCGAUGAUAGGAUUGAUAGGAAGCAUUCACGAAAGCAUGCGGACUAUUUAGUGGUUUUCCCGUUGGUGAUCGUGGGUGAAAGCGCAGCGUGAUGGUGGUGGUGGCCGAAGGAUAAGAAUUGUCGUGUAGUUAUCCUGCUUAUAUCAGCUCCUAUUCUGUCGCUUCCUUAUUGAUUACUUUUUAAUGCCGUGGGUAGGGAGACAGAAUGAAAAGUAUGGACAGAAAAGUUCCGGUCGUAAGUUAAGAAUUUAAGACGCUGAGCAACGACGCGAUUGGAACGACGACCGUUGUGCCGCGAUGUAGCGGCCCAUCGAAACGUAUAUUCGCGAUCUUCGGCUGUUUCCCCGAGCUCUCGACCGAACAAGAAAGCACGAAUGAUUACUACUGAUCAAAUCGAACACUUCUCCAUAAUUCCCAGUCAUAAGUGACGUCACGUAAUCGUAAUUGUCAUAAAUAUACCACAACGAUAUGGUGUAUCAUGAAAGGAAAACCGGCGCAACGAGAAAGGCGAUCUUCCAUUGUUGUACGAAACGCGCUGAUGGUAAACGAAGCGACUGUUCAUGUGAAGAAUGGGAAUUACAAUAAAGCCAUAUCAUUGUACAAUCAAGCAUUGGACUUGAACCCCAACGACAAGAACGCCUUGAUAGCGCGCAGCAAAUGUCACCUUUUGUUAGGCGAAUCGCAAAAAGCGCUGGACGAUGCCGAAGCGGCAUUGCGGCUAAAUCCUAAGGAUUCCAGCAACUCCAAGGCGGUAUACUGCAAAGCGGAGGCGCUUUAUCAUCUGGGCGAUUUCGAGAUGAGUUUGGUGUAUUAUUAUCGUGGAAUGAGAAUCCGUCCGGAGUUCGGGCAGUUCCGUCUCGGCGUUCAAAAAGCGAAAGACGCGAUACAGAAUAUAUUACGAAAAAAUUGAUCGAUGCACUCUCACCGAAAAGCACCAAGUAUCGUGAUAUGGAGGGGACGGAAAACUAUCAUAGACGAAGGUAUACGUAUUGGGAGAGAAGCAACGGAGGAGACAUCGCAUCAAAGUUCUAUUGUGGUGUAAUUAGAAUAACGAUGCGUCAUCUAUCUUGUAUAUUGUGAAUAAAUCCAUUUGUGUCAAUCUU